AUGGACCAAAAGAGUAGGAAGAACGGUGAAGAGGUGAAGGCUACUGUGGCUGAGAGGCAGAUCGAAGUUGAAGCAGGAGUACAAGACAGGAAAAAGAAGCACCAGGGUCGCAAGGCUGACGCUCUACCGCGAACGAAGAAGAAGCUUCAGGGACGUGGCCAGGCAAAGGACACUGAACGCAAUGCAAGGAGGUAUUCAGAGGCGUCGACGAGGGCUGGUGGUGCCAGGGCCGAGCAAGACCACAGUGAGGAAGAUGAGACUGCUGGCAAGAAAGGCCCCGUGAGAGGCAUCCAUGCGAAAUCUGGACAGAUCCGUCGAGCGAGACAAAUGACAACUUGUCAGAGUUCAGUGAAGAACUGUACGCAAAGGGAAGAAUUUGAAGAUUGUACUGGAGUUGUAUUGGGUGAAGCUACGAACAGUAUAUAUAGUCACUCUCAUGGAGGUGAGGUACAACAGGCAGGAGUACCCCAAACCGUGACACAACUCGACCUCAUCUUCGAGGACGUGCGCGAAAAUAUGGAUUCGGACAAACGCGAGCGCGCCUAGCUCUAGCAGCAGCUCAGCAAUGGAAGAAGACCAGCAGCGCGAUAUGAUGCUGUACGACGUUCGUGCACAGAGGUCCUCAUACCUUCGGGCUUGAAUCCCAAGGCUGAAGGUAACCAGCGAACUGUAGUUGCUUUCCAGGUGAAAUUAUACAAUUUGUAGAUUCUUGUAGACUUUCCUUGGUUAGGCAAGCUUAUUUGAAUGCCUCCUAAAG